GGGAACUGAUCCUGGCUUCGUUAUUUAUUUUUUAUUUUGUCUGCUGCAAAAAGGGAUGUCAACCAGAUACCAGCUUUGCAACUCCCUCCCCUGUACGUAACAGCAUGCCUUCACUUUGCUGUAGCAGCGCCAUCUAGCGGCCGAGGCUUCACGCUAGGCAUGCUGGCGCUCGGAGACGGAAGUAUGACGUCACGCUCGUGGCCAACGGACAAUUCCCCCCUCCCCCUCACUCCCAAACUCACAUCCCCGACACACACACACAUCCUUCGCCCAGCUCACGACACGAGCACGACUCGCAAUGAGACAGACCAACGUUGUUGUUGCUGCUGCUGCUGCUGUCGCUGGUGGUGUUGUCGCGGUUGGAAGGCAGGCGUUGCUGCGGUGUGAAUCACUGUGCCGGUAGUGGCGGUGGUGGUGGUGGUGGAGGCUUUGCGCUUUUGUCGUUGCCGUCGCUUGCUUACCCGCAGCUGUCGCAGGCCAGGGUUCAGUGGCGGUCGGUCGGCUGGGCGGGCGGACGGGCAAGCCGCAUCCCAUCCCCUGUCUCCGAUCCUGCUUUCAACCCCCCACACCCUCAUCCUCCUGCAUUUCCGUUGCCCAAGUUUUGCGAACUUAUUUGAAUGGCUGGCGCACGGGAGACCUUCACUCACUGCGGCUUCAGCGUGCGGAUGUCUCGUGCGACGAAGUCUGCUGUUCAGUUCCUGUUCACACUGGAGUGAACAUCACGUUUGGACCUCGUGGCUCCUUUCAUUAUUCGGUUUACGAUUCACACUCUGCAGUCUUUGAAAUUUGAACACUGAGGUGUACAGCAUCGCACUCACCGACGCCCUCUGUGGUCUGCAUGGGAGAUAACCGCCGGAAGGAAAACCGAGAGAAUACUUCGCCCUGGUCUAUGCCUGCUUCUGGUGAUACUCACCACUGACACCCCCACACACCUCACCCAAACUGGAUGAUGUCGGCAUGCAGGUGAACUGACUAUCGUUUGUCGUUAGUGACGCCAUCGGAAUCGAACUCUGAAACUGAAUGCUGUCAGGUGGACAUCACACUCAUCAUGGGCGCCAGGGCAGCCAAAUUAUCGGCGGAGGAAAUUAAAGACUUGCAGCAGUGCACCUAUUUUGACAAGAAAGAAUUGCAGCAAUGGUUCAAAGAUUUUAUGAAGGACUGUCCAUCUGGGUAUCUGAAGAAAGAGGAGUUCCAGAAUAUUUACCAGCAGUUCUUCCCGCAUGGCAAUCCCUCCAAGUUCGCUGUCUAUGUCUUCAAAGCGUUUGACACUAAUAAGGAUGGAUUCAUCUCCUUCAAGGAAUUCAUACAGGCUCUGUCCAUUACCUCUCGAGGGACGCUGGAUGAGAAACUGGACUGGGCGUUCAGCCUGUACGACCUCGACAAUGACGGCUUCAUUACCAAGCAGGAAAUGGUGGAGAUCGUGGACGCCAUCUACAGUAUGGUGGGCAACCUUAUGGACCUGCCCAAGGACGAGGACACCCCAGAAAAACGUGUCACCAAAAUCUUCUCCAGAAUGGAUAUGAAUCACGACAACUUGUUAACGAAAGAAGAGUUCCGAGAGGGCUCCAAGUCUGACCCGUGGAUCGUACAAGCUCUGACCAUGGAUAUACCACAGAGUCUACAGUGACAGCCGCGACACCUGCAGGGACCUGCCACACCACAAUGCUUGCCUCCCUUGUACAUAACACAAUGCUUGCAUCCCUUGGAAUACAAGGGUGCAUGGACUUGGAAUGCCACAAUGCUUCCAGAACCUUGAACAUACCACAAAGACUGAGGUAACCUCCAUCCUGGCAAUCACAACGGGUUUGUUUUAGCGAAUAAACAAUUUUCCAGGAUCUUGUGAUCCUUUCUGCUCAAACAUCACAUCAUGGGACAAAACAUCCCAAGACAUGUUUACCAGAACCAAAAGUCAAGUUUUCACAUUCCUCAUAAGUGUUACAAAGUCUUGCCUCCUGCGUGACCAUCACAUCAACAUUCGCCAAAUUUUGUCACGAAUUUAGAGUAAUGAGUCCGGUUAGAAGGAAUUUACAACAGAACCUUCUCUGAUGCCACUGACGGAACGGGUCCAUCUUUAAAAAAAAGACACAGAAGCCAAGAUGUUUACCGUUUGGUUAUUCGAAUCUUCUUGGAACAUUUCUUUGUAGGAGUAAAACUAAAUGCAAGGACUCACUGUAAAAAUCAACACCACAGUGUCUGAAAACAAUGAAAAUUAUUGGCGCCAUGACAUUGUGAACGCGUGGACAAGCGCUCAAGACUCGUAGAAUAACAGCAUGCAAGCCAGCAAACAGACAAACAUACAGUAUCUAAAGAUGUAAAACAAGUUCAUCUGAAGUCAUGAAUACUUCUACUGAUCAUGACGGGAAGAGGAACUCUGUAUAAAGACCCCUGCCUCUGUCAGAAACUUUGGCACUACUUUCUUCCGAGCAGGAAGAUUAUGAGUGAGAAGGCUCAUGUCUACUGUUACUGUUGUUCAGCAAUCCCUAUGUCUAAAACUAAACACAACAAACAUUUGCUUUCCAGUUACUUACUUCAAUCUUCACAAGAAUUUGACAAAGAAAUGCAUUAUUUUCUGUAGAGCAGGGAAACGGAUUACAUCUUUUCAUAAUUCCGGAAGACUUUAAUAAAUUUUAUUACUUCUUCGACUAGAAAUCUUUUCAGUAAAAGUCAACUGCCUGUAACUAUACCUAUUACAACAGUAAUAUAACUAACUAUAUAUACAUAUCCACAUAUGUAUGUAUCCCUGUUGUCACGUGGUGUACUGAUGACAUUAUUGAAUGCUUCUCUCAUUGGCUUCAGCGUGCGAUGCCUUUACUCGUAUUCUUCUCGGAAUUGGUUUCUUCUGUGCCACUCAUCAACAUUUUCCUCUUCCCUGUGAGUGCAACCUUCAGGUGACAACUGUCAACCUCGUUAAUCGCUCGGGUCGUCUGCUCCAAACCUUUGGCUUUGUCCUGCUUCAUGGUCGAUGAAAUACUUUGAAACUUUGACAACUUUGAAGGAUGGGGUGGGACUCAAUGAAUCUCUGGCUUCCGAAAACUGCGGCAUUGUGGUUGUUUUCUGCUUCACUUUUGAGUUGUUUAUUUAUGACAUGUUGAUUUGUUAUGUUGGUCAUCACAGAUUGGUUUUUUUUGGUUGUUACUUGUCCUCGAUUUUGUAUUUAUAAUCUUCAUCUGAGAGCUUUAAUUCUUCUGUGAAUAAAGUAUUUUCAACAAAAA